AUGCAACGGAGCUGGGAGAGCGGAGACUUCUGGGUGGUGUAUGCGAUUUUGCAUAGCUUUGCGUUCGAUGCGAUCUACUGGCAGAAGAUCGACCGGCGUUUUUUUGGGCCUACAGAGACCAACGAUCCCAGCGAUGCAUGGAAGGAGCGGCUAAACCUGCUGGGUGAAGACCAAAAGGCUGAGAUGGAACGGCUAGUGAUGAGGAAGCUUGAGGAGAUGGAGGACAGGGUCUUGGCGUGGGACCCGGAUGAGUAUACUGAAGCAUUUCGUCAGGGGUUGAUGAAAAGGAGAGAAGAACAGGUAAAGGAGGGCAAAGAGUCUCACCGGGGACCGGUCGAAGGACCUCAUGAAUAG